CUUGUCACAAGCCUUUCAUUAUUUUUUGUUUACAAUUUGGAACUAUAAAUUGUCUUUAAUUGAAAUAAUAUUAAUUGUUACCUCCAACAACAGCCUAAAAUCAAAAGAAAUGGGUAUUUCAACAUGUAACAGCAUUUGCUCCGAAAAACGUACGCCAGUUCGGGUGAUUGUGGGACGAACCCGGGAUAGUGUGACUGAUAUCUUCACUAAGUACCGCCGGAAGCUGGGCGAUGGGGCCCGUCAAGCGGUGGAAAGGGCCAGAAGUCGACACCGCGAUAACCUAAUCAUGCAACCCAGGUCGCAAUGUAUGAUCGAAGAAUACCGAUUACGUAAAAGCAUUGGCUGCGAAGAGAUUGCAACUGGCUUUCUUUUGCUGAUGAUCCUGCUUAUGUUGUUGCUGGGACUUUACCUGGUCAGAAGGUAUAAUCAUACCUUUGCCUACGGAUCAGGCGGGUGCCUAUCGACGAUUUUUUGGACAUACGAAGAAUGUAUUAUAGUGACCUAGGACAAAUCAUUUCAUUUUUUUACGCUGUUUAUUUGAUUGUGGCGAAUAAAGUGCCCUCCAAUACCUGAACCUCCUA